CACGUCAAAAGCUUAGGCGUUGUCAAAAAACAACACAAACAACUUUCAGAGCAAUGCCAAUAUAAACAUUUUUCACUCGAUACCGUUAAAAUCCAAACUGAAUUAGACCGAUUUUCAGUUAAAAUUGCUAGUAAAAUGACGAAGUUAGUAGAAUGGUUAAUGGUGCUUCUCGCCUUCUUUACGGUGUACUUUGCUAUAGUUGCCCGGAAGGUACAACAUGAUGUGCUUGAUGAUUACAUGUACGAGAUUAUGCUGUCGCCGUUGAUUCUGCUUGCGCUUUUCGGGGCCUUUUCCGCUGCUAUUGUGCUGUACCGGACGUUCACGUUUAAUAACUGCGAAGAAGCCGCCAAAGAGCUGCUGGAACAGAUUAAGGAAGCUAAGGAAGACUUGCGAAGCAAGGGGAUGACUUUCACUGAUUAAUGUAGGUUUUGGAUGGUUAGAUAGAAUUUUAUGUUGUUAAUAAAUAUGAAAUUGAUUGUCUUUA